CUGAUCCCCAUAAGGUCUCAUUCAGGUGGGUAGUCAGUGCACUGAUGACCUGUGUAGUCCCAUCAGUGCCACCUGUCAGUCCAUCAGUGCCUACCAGUGCACAUCAAUGCUACAUAUCAGUGCCCAUCUGAGCUGCCUUUCAGUGCCAACUAUCACUGCCAGUCAGUGCUGCCUAUCUGUGCCACCUAUCAGUGCGCAUCAGUGCCGCCUAACAGUGCUGCCUAUCAGUGCCAUAUAUGAGUGCUGCCUUUCAGUGCCCAUCAGUGAUGUCUGUCAAUGCCCAUCAGUGCCACCUACCAGUGCCUCCUCAUCAGUGCCGUCUAUCAGUGCCCAUCACUGCAGACUCAUUAGCUCACAUCAGUGAAG